AUGCGGCUACCCAACCACCACCAGAAGCAAGAAAAUCAAAAUGAUGAACAAGAACAAGCAGAUAGUUAUAGUGUAGACGAUUUAUUCGAUGAUGAUUACGAUAGUGACAAUGAGGGUGAAGAUAUUGUAUUAGACGAUGAAGAUGAUGAUCAAGGUAAUGAUCAAAAAGAUGAUGCAGACGAUGAGGACGAUAUGUACGACGAUGAAGAGGACGUGGUAAAGUCCAGUAAAAACUCAGAUAGCCUUAGAUUAGAUUUUAUAGACAAUUCUAGGAUAAACAACGACAGAAAGAGUAGUGUUGACGAUGACGACGAUGAGAGUCAUCUGUUUUCUUUACGGAGGAAAAAUGCAAAUAAAUUAGGUAGUAACGAUGCCAUCAAAAUAAUUUCAACGCCACACGGUAAGGUGGGAAUUGUUUAUCAGUCAAACGAUGGCAACGAAGAUUUAUCGAAAAAGGGAGCCAAUGAAAGUAUCGAUAAAUCGCGAAAAAUAACCCCAGUACUAACACCCGACGGCAAAGUAGCUCUACUCUAUCGCGGAGCGUCGGGUGGCAGCACUAAAUACGAGCCGAUUCAAAACCUAACGAGUAAUGAAUUUAUGACAAAAUUCCAAGACAAUAAAACUAGUUCAAUAACAAAUUCAAAUGACGAUGAAACGACUGAACAACAACCAAUCACUGUUGUGCCUGAUACCACAACUACAACGAUAAGUUCCACAACCGUUCGAUUCGGUAACAUCAACGAACCGAACGAAGAAGAAAAUUCAAUUUUACCAAAUAUCAAUCGGCCGUUGUCCGAAGUGUUGGGCAUAAAGAAAAAUCAAUUCACUCAAUUCCGAAUCACCGAUCGUAGCCCAACGGCUACGCCAUCGUUGAGUGGCCAAAAAGCGGAUGUGUCGUCAACGACAUCCAAUAAAAUACCAGACUUGUCGAAUUACGACUAUGAUUACGGUGUUGGUGAAGUGGAAAAUGAUGUGUUGUUCGGUGGAUCGAACAAAGUCGCUGUGACAGAUUCACCGAAUCACCUUGUCGAAGAUACCAUCCAACCGACAACAAUAUCCGAUGUUCUGUCCAAAACGGAAGUGAUCAAUUUAGCAAUAAUACCGGCAUUCGAAAGUGAUUUGCAAUUGAUCCAACAACAGGAAUUAGAACAGCAACAGCAUUCAAACCAUCACCGUAAACAUCAUAGACAUAGACAUAGACAUAUGCAAGAUCUAACAGCGAUCCAUUGUGCCAUGCAGGCAAUGGUUGCAAUUGCCGCCAUGGCCACAAUAUUCGGUAUGCUAGGAGCGUAUUUCAAGACACGAAUUCUCGAUCAAAUAACGAUAAUGCACUGGUAG